AUGAAGCUGAUUUGCUCCUUUUUUCUUCUCUCGGUACUCCUAAUACCGGAAAGUUUAAGUGAAAAUGACCCAUUUGAGUUUCAAGUUGUCCCAGGAUUUGAAGAAUUAGAUGACGUACCAGAAACUGUUUUUUUUGAGGGUUCUGAUCAACCUGUGAAUACGCUGCGUAAAAAGAAACCACCAAACAAGAGCAGUCGCUUAUUCUUCAACCGACAACGUAAAAGACCACUGGCGGAAGAUUCACACCAGGAAUCAAACGACGAUAGAGUGAACUGGACAAUUCUCAAAAGCGUAUUGCCACAGAUAAGGAAGUUGCCCUGGCAGUGGAUUGUAGCUAAAAUAAAAACUGCGUUAACAGCAAGAGUAGAUUGA